AUGCGAGUUGACUAUGAGCCUGUGCAGAAGAAGUGGGAGGCCGCUCAUGCAGCAUGGCGUGCAGAGAAGAAGCGAAGGGACAAUGAAGCUUUCAAGCUCUCCAGGACACCCAGUGAAAGGGCGGCCUUGGAUCCCGAACGAUUCCUUGCCAUGUACUUUUUGACGGACGGGAGGCCGGAUGCGACCAAAGUUAGAAAAGCACUGGCUCUGCACAAUGUGCAGAACGUACGGAAAUUUGAGAAAAUGGCCAAAAAAACUGUCCCCGGCCUGUAUACCUGGAACGGUCCUGACCGGUUUGCCAGCAAUGUCUACAUCGGAUGGGAUAUAGAUGAGGUUGUCGAUUUGGGAAUGAGAACAUCAAAAGAUGAAGAAAAGGCAAACAAAGCCCAGCAAAAGGCAUUGUGGGAACAGCAGCUGGAAAGACACCGGGAAUAUGUCGCUCAAGCGCGGGUCGGAGAGCCCAGCAAAGGGCCAAAGAAACAUCCCGAGGGGUUCAGUCUUGAUCGAUGCAAGGGAUCUUACGUUAUCCAUUGCAAGGAGACCACAGAAGAAUAUCUGAGUAUUCUAAAGGGACACACUCUCACGAUGGAUAUAUGGAGCCGAGAUGAAACUACUCUGUGCGCGGCCUUUGACUUUGGCAUACUGGAGGGAACUAUGAUCCUCGGCAUGACUGAGGACCUGCUCAAAGACGAUCCCUUCGAAUCCGACCAAGACCUUGAAGCCCGUUUCAGUGAUGAAGAUGUGGACGAAAUUGAUCCGGAAGAGGAAAUUCGUCGUUUUCAAAUCUCCGCCAAUCGAAGGAAGCGCAAAGCGACUGAAGCUGAAUUGGCUGAACUGGCCGCCAAACGGCAAGCCAAGGAAAUGAGACGCGCGGCAGAGCCCGUCCCUGAAUUCCUACAACGCCGUGUGUACUUCCGGCUUCGUAGCCGCUUGACUGCCGUGGGCGACAUCAAUCCUGCCCCUGAAGCUGGCCACCUAGAUUUCCGCAGCGAUGACUGUGUGGAAUUCUCUGGUCGAGUCUAUUUACUAUCGUGGAUUGGUAAAAACGUCUGGUUUCGGGGCCACAAAGUGUCAGACACGCCGCGCGUGGAGCCGGAAGACUGGAGUUCAUUUCCUAUAAAAUCUGGGUUCAAGUAUAUACAAUCGGAUGUAAAGAACUUAUAG